GGAAGCGAACAGACGACGAUGCUUUACCCAAAAAGCGCACGAGAUCAGCAUCAAGUGCAUCCGAUCACCCUCCUCCACCCAAUCCUAUUACUGAAGACAUGUCCGCCAAACCGAAUCCAGGACCUAGCGUUUCUAGUAAAUCUAACAACGCACGCAAUAGGAGAGGAGGUCGAAAGACUGCCACUACCAACCAGGAAGUUGUGCUGUCUGUUGAGGGAGAAGAAGUUCCUGGACCGAGCAAGCGGCCCCAGAAUAGUCGCAGUAAGAUCGCCCCCACUCCGAAGCGAGCACCGCCAUCUCAUGCAUCUCUUGUCUCGGGAGGUACUGGACAUGACCUUGGUACCACUGGUAGGCGCAAUCAUUCUAGCGGAGCCAAUGGAUCCAACACCUCGACAUCGGCGGAGAAUUCCCGCGCCUAUCGUAAUUCCCAUGCAUAUGCCGUCUCGCAACAACCGCUCUUUACAUCAUGGAAUUUACCGGAUUAUUUGGCCCAUCUCGAACCCAUGCUGCCGACGGGUGUACCUCGCCCACUUGAAGUACGCGGCUCGGGGAUCGGAGCAGGAGGAAGGGAAUCUAUGGAGAGGACGAUGGAAAGAGGUGUGAAGGUGAAGUGGCCAAGUAAACGAAUGAGUGUGGGUGACAUGAACAAGCGUGUUCGAGCGCUUGUGGAAUGGGUUGGAAGGGAGCAAGCCAGUGCUCUAGACCGUGAUCGUCGUCGAGAGGCUUUGGAGAAGGCGUUCAUGCAAGGAACUAGAGCUGAUCAGAGCAGAGGUUCCACAGGCUCUAUCAGCAGAGGAGCAAACGACGUAUAUGAGGUGGAAGGUGUGGACUCGCCUGCAGUGGAAAGAAUCAGUGUAGAUCUCCAUGAGAUAGCAAUAGGUGAUGGGGGUUAUGGUCACAAACCACGGUCGUCCACGAUGAAGAUGAUGGAAGAGCUCAUGGAGGAGUUAAUUUUGUUCCAGGAACGAUUUGGUCCAGGAGCGAAGAGUAAGGAACGAGAGCGACGUCUUAUUUCAUAACGUAUUGGGGUUUUUCUCAGUCUUAGUGAAGUGCUAUCCUUUUCUUUGCUAUCGUCCUCCCUCAAAGCUGUAUGUCUUAUUUACCGUUCCGUUACUUUAUCAUAUUUUCGACAUUAUAUUGCAGUUUCGUCAUGCAUGUACUGUUACGAUAUCUUAUCGCUGUCUAUCUUUCAUUAUUCAAACAUUUCAAACCCU